UUUAAUGAGUGCGCAAAGUAAUUUUAAGAAAUCAGCUGUGAUGCAAAAUAAUGCGCGUAAGCGGAAUUAAACAGCGAACAAUGGUUUCCUGAUGAAGCGACGGGCUGUCCACGUCAGGAUAUUGUAGGGUUCAGUGUUACCGCAGAAUUUUUUUACAGUUGAAUCGUGCGUUUCUAAUCUAACACGAUGCGGUCAAACGAUCGAUAACUAUUCGUUGCAACGCAACGCUGAUGACCGAGCAUCUCGAGGUCCAUUAAUCGAUCCGUCCGGUCCUGACACAGGAAUCGAAUCUCAUUCGAAACAUCGGAUCAUCGUUUAAAUUCGCACAGCUUUAUCCUCCACGACGCGAGAAAUCUUUCAAGUGCUUGAUCGGUUCUGUCAGGAUGAAGAGCUGAGCUUUCGGUGAAUCAGUCCCGGUCCUCGCGCAACGCCGAAGGAAUUCAUCCUGCACCCUGAUCCACGUCGUGAAUCACGGUGAAUCACGAUGGUGGUUUCCCCGUGCGAUUAUGCCGUCGGGAACUCGUGGCUGUCGUUGUGUGGGGUACGAGAUGAGUCACGAGGAUACGUUGAUUCGAAGUGAGCGCGGAUGAAGUGAUUACCAGGACUCCAGGACAGACCGUGGACUUCCAAAUCCAGCGGACCAACCCGGUCCGAGUGCGAUCCAGGGAUCAGGAUGCGGUGGAUCGGUUACGUGGCCACGAUUCUCUGGUGGUCGGGCAUCGCCAGGUCUCUCAGUACGCUGAAUCGAGGUCACAGUUACAAAAUUACUCCGAAACCCUGUAAAGUGCCCGGUUCGGACAGCAAGGAAGGCACGUGCAUGUUUGUGUGGGAGUGUAUCAAGUCCGAGGGGACGCACGUGGGUGUGUGCGUGGAUACCUUCAUGUUCGGCAGUUGCUGCGUUCACAACACGACGGUGAACACGAUAGGCACGUUUUAUCAUCCUCAUAAUCAUUAUCAGCAGCACCAGCAGCAACACGACGGUACGACGAGUACGCUCAGGCCAGGUUUACUCCUGGCGGAGCCAACCGGGAACGAGACCAUCAGAUUGACGUCGACUUCCCUCUUGGGAUUCUCCUCGACAGCGUCAACCACCGCGAAAACGAAUCUCCAUCACUUCUCGGGAUCUCACGGCUCCGAAGGCUCGACCAGACCGAUGAAACCAUAUUCGCACGGUAUCGGGAGGCCUUUGCAGAAAAGGCCGCACGCCAAACCAACAUCCGAGCACGAAGUCGACGUACUGCAGACCCCCGCAGUGUCCUCCGCGUCUACGGACACGUGGGCGGAAGGAAGACCGCAAGAAACGAAGAGACCAGGUCAUCAUCCGGGUCAUUCUCAUCAUCACAAGACGAGGCCGGACGACGGAACGCCGAGUGACAAUCCAUCGUCCGUUCUAAGUCAGCCGGGUUUCAAAGACAAGCUGGAGACACACAACACUUUAAUAGUGCGCUUGCCGGGGAAGGAACACGCCGAUGAUGAAGUCGUUGAUUCAAGUGGCCUGAGCAAGCCCAACAAACAGGGCAAACCGGGUAAACCGGGCAAUCAAAGGCCCUUUGAGUCGAGACCGGACGAUGGGAAGACUGAAGAUGUUGAUCUCAGCGUCCAGGAAACGAUAAAUCGACCGAAUGUCAAUUCCGUCAUUGAAAGCGAACCGGGGAAAGAGACGCAUCCGGGCUUGAAUUUCGUGCACACUGAACGGCCGCACUGGGCAACCAAGCCAGCACAGUCAAAACCAUCGUCGACGGAUUUCUCAAAGCCGUAUUUUUCAAUUAAAACGACCACUUAUCGACCAAUAAGCAGUCAACCCGAUCAUAGGCCGAAUUUUAUCUCGAGGCCCAACUGGGUAUUAUCCACGAAAACAUCGACGACAACGACUGUCAGACCGACGUAUGCCAGACAGCCUUCCACCAGCGCAGCCGGAUCCGUGCCACAAACCUCUCACUGGCAAGUGACUACAGAACCGGCAUUCGUCACAAAACAGAAACCGUCAUCGUUGUCCUCAUCCUUACCAACAUCAUUCUCCUCGCUUUCAUCGUCGUCGUCAUCGUCUUCGUCAGCGUCUGCGUCAUCCAAACCGAUAACCGCAAUUACUGUGCCGGAAACCGUACGAAUUCCGUCUUUAGGUACGAGUUCUCAUUUCUGGUCGAACAGCUGGACACCACCUAGGCCGUCCUUGAAACCUCACUGGACCGACAGUCCCAGCCUUCUUCAGAAUGGCCCGGAAAACUUUCCUCCGCGACCGAGUCUAAAGCCAACCGAGUCGCAACAGAGCACCGAAUAUCAGAAGCCCUUGGGUUCGGCGCAUUACAUAACAACGUCCCACUUGGAGACUUCAACUAGGCCGCGGCCUACGAAGAAAACCACAAUGCAAAGCACAACACCGUCCACAUUGACGUCCUCCGCCAGCGGUACGACCAGUCCGACGAGCACGACGGUAACGACGAUGACGACCACGAGCAGCACAACCAGCGCAAGCAGCACGAGUACCACGAGCGUCACUACGACGCAAGGAUUGUCGACGACCACCGCGGUGACGGCAAGCGAGAAGGCAACGGGUUCGGUGAUGACCGUCGCGGCCGCUGACGAGAGCAAGAACAUGCAGUGCGGGGUGCCACCGUUAUUUCCGCGGCCGGAAACGAGGAUUGUCGGUGGCAAGGACGCGUCGUUCGGCCGAUGGCCGUGGCAGGUAUCCGUACGUAGGACCUCCUUCUUCGGUUUCUCGAGUACUCACCGUUGCGGCGGGGCGGUGCUCAACGAGAAUUGGAUCGCCACCGCGGGCCAUUGCGUCGACGAUUUGCUGACGUCGCAAAUCCGGAUACGAGUCGGCGAGUACGACUUCUCGUCGGUACAAGAGCGACUGCCCUACGUGGAACGUGGAGUCGCCAAGAAAGUCGUGCAUCCCAAGUAUAACUUCUUCACGUACGAGUACGACCUCGCGCUGGUGCGCCUCGAAAGUUCCUUGACGUUUGCCGCGCACAUCUCGCCUAUCUGCCUACCGGCCACGGAUGAUCUCCUGAUCGGAGAGAACGCGACGGUCACUGGCUGGGGAAGAUUAAGCGAGGGUGGAACGCUACCUUCUGUAUUGCAGGAAGUCUCCGUGCCGAUAGUGAGCAAUGACAGGUGCAAGUCAAUGUUCUUGAGGGCCGGUAGACACGAAUUCAUACCGGACAUUUUUCUUUGCGCCGGUUACGAGACUGGCGGGCAAGAUUCGUGUCAGGGCGACUCCGGAGGACCUCUUCAGGUUCGCGGAAAGGAUGGCAGGUACUUCCUCGCGGGUAUCAUAUCCUGGGGCAUCGGUUGCGCGGAGGCUAACUUACCGGGCGUCUGCACGCGGAUAUCCAAGUUCGUACCGUGGAUUUUGAAGAACGUCACCUGAUGUACUCGACGGUGAACGCAAAGAGAUGACAUAAGGCGACUUUCGAACUCGGACGAAAUUUAUCGCGCAAAUAAGCGAUUCGCAGUGUCGUCUCGUGCGAAUAUCAAAAGACAUUAUCCUAGAAUUUUCACGCGAUUGAAAAUACGACUACUAUAUCGUUUGCAUUUAUUUAUUUGCAUUUACACUGCCACUCACGGAAUAAAGAUCCUGGUUGUUAUAUAUAUAAAAAAUAUGUACCCGGCACUAAAAGAUGUGAAAUAAGAUCAUCGUCGGGAGUUAUCGAAUAUACAUAUAUAUUAGUGACGUAUGUGAAAUCUCGUGCAUUGUAGCAGCACACUGAACUGUAUUUAUACAUAAAAGUACGUAAGGAAAUAAUAUAUUUGCUAGAUUAAGGCUAAAUAAACAAGGGAAGUCUCAAUUGUGUAAUGAAAAGAUCAAAGGAAUAGUCCGAUAGAUUUCGAAGAUACAUCGUUAUCAUUCUUGCCACUUCGAUUCGAAUAUGAAAUACACAAACAAUACACAAACACACACACACUCACGCGCGUAUAUAGUGAAAAAAAAAUUACAAAAGAAUCGUAAAUUUAUAAAUUACAUAAUCGAUCUAUUCUAUUGUUGCAAAGUCAAUUUUAAAGCUAGAUACUGUCGAUUUUGUAACUUAGACAAAAGAGCUAAAGAGAAUCAGGGAAAAGUAUGAAUUCCUUUCAUAAUAAUUGCGAUUUCAAUUCUCAUAAUUUUCGAAACAAACGUAUAAGUAUCUGCUUUUAUUGAUUAGCAAGAUGUAUAGAAAGUUUGCCUUUCGCUCUGUAGCGUGAGACAGCUUGAAAUAUUCUUCCAAAUGCUCAAUCCUACACAUUUCAAGUUAUGCUCAUUGCUACUUUUUUAUCUUUAAUAUUUCUUUAUUUACAAAUAGGAAUUUUUGUACAGAGCACAAUAUUAAUUGCGUGUACUUGAUAAUAAUUGUGUGCGAGCUAAUAGGAGAAGUCCACAUUAUGGAAUUAUUUAUAAGUGUCGUCAAAUAAACGAGUGUUUAUUUAAA